AUGUUAAGAAAGGAGUUGGAAAGUAAACAAUCUGAAAUUGAUCUUAAUCCUUUUGAUUGUAAGAUUAGGGAGGAGCAUACUAAUAUUCUUUUUGAUUUUAAUGUUGCUUGUAAUGAUGAAGAAAAGCUUCUAUUCCAGAGAUCUAAGAUAAAUUGGUUACAGGAAGGGGACAAUAAUACAAAGUUUUUUCAUAGAGUUGUGAAGAGCAGGGGCAAUAGAAAUCGUAUUCUGAUGGUUAUUGAUGAAGAUGGAAGAUGGGUUAGUGGGAAGGCUAUAAAGGAUAAAUUUGUUACUCAUUUCAAUAAGUUUUUGGGUUGUAAAGAUGUUACUGAGUUUUCGUGUUUAAAUGAUGGUUUCUUUCAUAAUAAAUUGGAUAGUAGGGUGGCUGCUAAUAUGAUAAGAGUGGUGACUGAUGAAGAAAUCAAAGUGGCGAUGUUUGAUAUUGAUGAAAAUCGUGCCCCUGGACCUGAUGGGUACUCCUCCAAAUUUUUUAAAAGUUCUUGGAACAUUGUUGGGCCGGAGGUGUGUAAAGCUGUGAGGGAAUUUUUUUGGACUGGUAAAUUGUUGAAGGGGAUUAACGCUACGAGAAUAGUGCUGGUUCCUAAAGUGGAGUUCCCGAGGAAAGUUUCUGAUUUCCGUCCUAUAGCCUGCUGUAACACUUUAUAUAAGUGUAUUAGUAAGAUUAUAGUGAACAGAAUUAGAAAUAGUUUGGGUGAUAUUGUGAGCAAAAAUCAAUCAGCUUUCAUUCCUGGAAGAUCUAUUGUGGAUAAUAUUCUCCUUGCUCAGGAGCUGAUGGUGGGGUAUAAAAAUAAGAGGGGAGUUCCCAAAUGCACCAUAAAGAUUGAUAUUCAAAAGGCAUAUGAUACGGUGGAUUGGAAUUUUCUUAGUAGAAUUCUGUAG